ACAUAAAAGAGAGAGAAAAUUGAAAAAGCCUUCCGCACACCUCAGUCGCUCUCGAUGGAAGAACCACACACACGCUCACACACAUUCACGCAGACCAAGCUGUGAUCGAAGAAGCAGAGCUGGAGAUUUCUACAGUAAUGGGGAAGUAUAUGAGGAAAUGUAAAGGGAUUGGUGAAACAUUGAUGGAAGUGGCGCAGGUUGGUGUGACAACGAGAGCUAGAACUCUAGCCAUGGCAGCAGCAGCAGCAGAAGCAGCAACAGCAACAAGCACAGGCGGAACGAAGAGAAGGAAGGUUAGUUCUGGAGAAUUACGGUUCUCUUCCUCGUGUGUUCAGCUCCAAAGCCGUCGUCUCCCCGUGAUCUCACAGGAGAAUCCGGUUUCCCCGGCGAAUUCAGAUAAUUCCGAUCAGGUUAUCACUGAAGAUCGAUGCUCGAGCCCUAAUUCCGAUCAUUUCCAGGCGUCUCGGUGCUCGAGCAACGGAUCCACUGAGUUCGUGAACGAGAACUUAGGAUCCGUAGAUCUAGAGGGUGAGAGUGAGUGCUUCCAUAUUGAGAACUUGACGACGUAUUCCGACUGCCGACAAAGGAGAGAGACGACACCAUCAAGUGAGCUUCGUCCGGAAUCAGGAGAUCUGGAGUCGACUGCGAGGCCAGCAGAGGCGAAUUCUCGCUGCAGAUCGACGGCUGAGAAGAUGCCAACUGAGGCGGAGAUUGAUGAGUUCUUAACCGCGGCAGAAAAGAAGGAGCAGAAGCGGUUUACUGUCAAGUACAACUUCGAUAUCUUGAAGGACAUUCCAUUGGAGGGUCGUUACGAGUGGGUUCGAGUAAAACCAUGAACAGAAGAAGAGAAAA